AUGAAUUUAUUAAAUUUAAUAGAGAAAGUUGUAAGCUUUAAGUGUAAGCAAGCAGCUCCUUCUAAAAGUAUUAAGCUAUCAAAAGUGUACAGAAUACCAUCAAUUAUUAAUCUCAGAAAAAACUAUCCAACCUUUAGAGUAGAACAUAAUUUUUCUGAUUUAAAUACACAAAUAUUGCUUUGUGAUUCUGGAGAGCAUGAAAUUGUUUUGAUACUAAAUUACAACUUCUUUCAUUAUAGUGAGAUUAUUAAUACAAUUUGUGAUAUUCCUAUGCCUGUUUCUUAUGAAACAGUUGGAGAUGUAAUACAUUUUAAUCUUAAUGUUGAACAUUUACCUUACAAAUAUCUUAUUGGGAAGAUUUUAUAUGAUAAAACUGGUUGUACUGUUAUUAAUAAAUUAGGAAAUAUUAAAUCAACAUUUAGAUACUAUGAUUUUGAGUACAUAGGAGGGAAAGUAGAUAUUAAUAGUUUAAAUUAUAACAAUGAAAAAGAAGUUAAUAUUGAUGGAACAAAAUAUACGAUAUAUAAAGAAGAAGACAUUGUUGAUAUAAAAGAAAGGGAAUGUAAAAAUACAUGUAAAAGUUAUACUACACUUUCUAAAGACGAUUUUAAUAAAGAAUUGUUGGAUUUAUUAAUUAAAGAUUACUGCAAUAAAAAAAUUUUAAUUAAAAUGGAUAAAUUAGAAACAACAUUGAUACAAAAUGAUGUGAAAUUUUUUAUAGACUUAAAAAAUGUUUACUGGUGCAGUAAAUUGCAAGAAGAACGUAGAAAAUUAAUUAAUGAAAUUGAUUCUAAGUCUGUAGUGUGUGAUGCUUUUUGUGGUGCGGGACCUAUGGUCAUACCACUUUUAAAAAAAGGCUGUCAAGUGUAUUGUAAUGAUCUCAACGAAAAAGCAAUUAAUUGUUUGAAAAUUAAUCUAAAGAUAAAUAAAAUAGAAGAGGGUUUUAAUAUUGAAAAUCAAGAUGCAAAAGUCUUUUUAAAAAAUAUACAAAAUGUUAAAAUAGAUCAUUAUAUACUUAAUUUACCAGAAUAUAGUAUAGAUUAUUUGAAAUAUAUUAAUCAAGGGAAAGUACAUUGUUACUUUUUUAGUAAUGAAAAUGAUGUAAAAAACUAUGUAUUUGUAAAAACGGGAAUUAUUAAUCCAAAUAUUAGAUUAAUACGAAAAGUUUCACCAAGUAAGAAUGUAUACAAAUUGUUUAUUAAUUUAAAUAAGUGA